AUGGAGUUCGACGCGGAGGAUCUCGAUCUGGACGCCGAACUAGAGGUCGAAAUGGACGGCCGAGAUGAUCUCUUCAUGCUAGACGAUCCCUCCGCGUACGGCCUCGACACAGGGGCAAUGGGUCUGACGGGAGACGCGGCGCUUGCGCGCGCGGGCGGAGGGGUGGUGGUGGCGGAGCGGGAGGGCGCGGACGCGGUGGUGCGCGUGGAGUACAAGAUCGAGGAGGCGGCGUUCCACUGCAUCGCCAUGGCCGCCUGCGACCUCUUCGUGCGACGAGGGGGCGACGGCGGCGAAAACGACGUGUUUGAUUUCUCCGAGGUGUAUUUUGCUCCGCCCGGAAGUGACGUCUACUCCAUUCCCAGCAAGCUUGCACCACUGCCCUCACAGCCGAUCCGGUGCCAGGUGGGGCGGUGGACGUACAUAGCGGGGAAGAUCCUGCCACACUCCACCGACCCGUACAAGCCCAGCGCCAAGGAGAUCGAGGAGGUCACCAAAGUGUUUUUCAUCCGGCACCUGAACGACGUGCCCUACGGCUCGCGCGAGUUCGUGUUGGACUUUGAGGAGGUCUAUGUCUUUGACGGCCACGACAAGACACUGCGCCGCGCCAACGUCAUCUUGGAUUUGCCUGAGGACCAGCAGCGCGACCGCAGAAACGAGACUCUGAUUGUCAGGGACGAUGGCAACACCUUCCGAAUCAUUCCCAAGGUGAGAGUGGGCCAAUGUGAGUAA